GAGAGUGUGUGUUUGCAGUGCGGGGUAGUCACGAUCAUGUCAAACAGGUAAGAGAAAGUCACCGGUCCACCUGCUCGGCGUUUAAUCUCGCCUCGUCGUUCUUCAGACUUCACUGCAGCGAUCGAUUAGUUUCCCUCGCCAGUAAACAACUCGCCGGCGCCGCCGAGCUGCUCCAUCUGCGCUGAGCCUCAUUAGUGGGCAGUUAUUAGACAAUCUCGGUGCUCCUCGUCGGCUCGUCGCGUCUGCUGCAGGGUUCUUCUACAUUGCAGCUCGUAUUCGCCGAGCGGCGCUGAACCCGCUGGCAUUUAAAUCUGCCAUGUAAAUAGGUCGUGGGGUGUCCUAACUGUCUCUGGUUGCCGCUCAGGUUUGCUUAGCAAUGCGAGACAUGGCUGAAAUCAUUGCCGACCACGCCAGUCUGCCCUCCCCCCCCACCAUGGACGUCACCUACGUCCUCCAGCACGACUAUGGAGACCCCUCUUCCUUUCCCUCCGUGAACAGCGAGGACUAUCUGUUCGUGGAGGCGCGGCAUCCCAACACCGUCCUGCAGGGCCUGAACAGCCUGCGGCUGAACAACGCCUUCUGUGAUGUGACUCUGUGCUGUGGAGGACAGGAGUUCCCCUGCCACCGCAUUGUGCUGGCGUCCUUCAGCUCCUACUUCCAGGCGAUGUUUUCUACAGACCUCAUGGAGUCCAAACAGGAGCGCGUUGCUAUCAACGGUGUUGAACCUCAGAUGAUUGGCAUGCUGGUGAGCUACGCCUACACAUCCGAGGUCUACAUCUCUAAAGCAAACGUGCAGGCCCUGCUGGCAGCAGCCAACCUGCUGGACAUGAUGGCCGUCCGGGAGGCGUGCUGUCGCUUCAUGGAGGGUCAGAUGGACGAGAUGAACUGCGUGGGGAUCCACUGCUUUGCCGAGGCCCAUUCGUGUAAGGUGCUGGAGAAACGCAGCAUGGACUACAUUCUGCAGCACUUCAGCAGCGUUUAUCAGCAGGACGAGUUUCUGUCACUUUGUGUGGACAAACUGACAGAAAUCAUUGCCAGGGACGAGCUCAAUGUGCCCAAAGAGGAAAUGGUGUUUGAGGCCGCCAUGUUGUGGUUGAAUAAAUGCUCGUCACGCAAACAGAGCUUUGAAAAGGUCCUGGAGCACAUCCGGCUUCCUCUCAUCAGCCCCUACUACCUCCAUGACGUGAUCGAGUCCCUGGACGUGGUGAAGGAGAACCAGGGCUGUCAGAGGCUCAUCUCGGAGGCGAAGGAUUACCUGCUGCUCAAAGACCGGCGUGGGGAGCUCUACUGCCCGAGGGCACGGCCGCGCAGGUCCACAGGGACUGCAGAAGUCAUAGUGACAGUCGGAGGAGAGGAUGAUAAGGUGGUGCUGCGCAGCGUCGAGAGCUUCGAUCCAGUGACGAAUCGGUGGAAGAAUCUGGCCUGCCUGCCCUUUGCUGUGAGCAAACACGGGCUGGUCGCGUCUGAUUCGACCAUGUAUUUGGCAGGGGGGGAGUUUCCUGACGGCUCGGCCAGCAGGGAGAUGUGGCGCUAUGACUCCUGCUUCGGCACCUGGAGGGAGGUGGCGCCCAUGAAUGUAGCUCGAUCCGAGUUGGGCCUGGUGAUGCUGGAUGGUUUUGUGUAUGCAGUGGGAGGGUGGGAGGGACGCUCGCGCCUGGACUCGGUUGAGUGUUACAAUCCCCACACCAACUCCUGGCAGUUUACAGAGUCUGUGAAGAUGGCCGUCACGAGUCCUGCAGUGGUGGCCUUGGAUGGGCUGCUUUACGUUACCGGUGGUGCUGUUCUAGAGGAUGGAGAUGGGACCGAUCUCGCCCAGGUGUACAACCCUAAAACCUGUGUGUGGACAGAGGUUGCCCCGAUGCAGAUUGCUCGCUCCGGUUCAGCUGCUUGUACACUCAAAGGAAAGAUCUACGUUAUCGGCGGAUGGCAUGCCUUGACUGAGAACACGGACAAGGUGGAGUGUUACAAUCCCAAGACCAACCAGUGGACCAUGUGUGCCCCCAUGAAGGAGAGACGCUACAGACCUGGAGCUGCGGUGGUGGUUGGAAAGAUCUAUGUUCUGGGAGGAGAAGAGGGUUGGGACAGAUAUCACGACACUAUUGAGAGAUACUGUGAAGAGACCGACACGUGGGAGAUUGUCGGGGAGAUGACCACCAGUCGCAGCUGGCUCAGCUGUGUGUCGCUCCAGCUGAGGAAGGACAUCCAGGUGGGCAUUUACCCUGGGAUUCCCAACGACAACUGAAGCGACGCUGCAUGGAGGAACCUCGCCUGGCUGUUUAUCGGUGUUAGUGCACUGCAAAGCUCAGCGCUGUGGAGAACGGUGAUCUGAGAAGUGGUUGCUUAGAUUUGGGCACCACGCUGUUUGAGCUGUUACUGGUGGCAAAAUGCAGUCUGGUGUGAGUUUAUCACUAAGACUCUCACUUGAGCCUCUUUGGUACAGAGACAACGGGACUGUCAUUACCAGACACGAUUUCAAGUAACCGAUUGACGAUUCAGUUUCCGGUAUGAUGUGAACAUGUUUAGUGUUGUUUUAUGUCUGAGCACCUCAAAUAUGUAUUUUUGUAUUAAUAUGAAGUGAUGUAUUUAUUGGGGUGUGGCUAGCUUGAGAAGGGCCUUCAAAAGAAGUUGUGGUCUAUAUUUCACUGUAUCAAAAGAUGCUCUUUGGGCCAAAUAUUAAAAAAAAUAUUUUUGAAGUUACCUGUGAAAAGCAGUGUUUUUAUAAUUAACUUCUCAAUGAUUGUCUUUACUACCUGUAAUAUGUCAAGUAUAUUUUUGUAAUGUAGUGUGUGUGUUUGGUGAAUGUCGAGUUAAGUACUAAUAAAGAUGUUUGUUUACUGAGAA